AUGGACGUGGAGGUGCACGGUCUGUCUGGCAACCUCCUGUGUUGCUUGGAAGUGCAGGCCGCCCAAACCGUGGCAGACCUGAAAGAGUUGAUUCACAAGGCCACACAGAUCAAGACAAACUUGCAGAAGCUUCUGCUGGGCAAUGAGCUGCUACGCAACACGGAUUCUUGCGGUGAGAUCCUCACACAAGGAACUGUCAACGCGAUAGUUCUGCUGCAGACCGACAAAUGGAUUGAAGAGGUUGCACAGGACUGGCGUCGUUUACGGAAGGCUUCGGAAGCAGUUCGCAAUGACAAGGAUCUGGUCCUUGCAGCCAUCGAUCGAAGCCACGGCGAAGCAAUCAAGUUUGCUGGUGAUCAGAUCCGAGCUGAUCGGGAGGUCAUGCUUGCUGCCAUGGGGCGGAACGGAUCUCUUUACAAGUAUGCAAAUCCUUCUUUGGGCUUGGAUGUGGACUUCAUGAAGGCAGCGCUUCAGCAGGCUCCUUGCCGGAACUGCCCUCUUCCGACUUGGCAAUGGCACACUUCACCAGCGGUCUGCAUGGACAAGACCUUUAUGCUGCUGAUGGUUGCCCGGCAAGGUGUGGCAUUGCAACACGCAGGAAGCGAGCUCAGAAAUGACGAAGAGCUGGUCCGGGCUGCGAUGCAUGGAUAUCCACAUGCCUUCCAGCAUGCUUCUUAUGAGUUGAGAAGCAACCGUGAAUUUGCCGCGUUUGCCGUCGGAGUGUCUCUUCAAAAUCUCUUCUACGUCUCUGAAGACUUGAGAGGUGACAGGAACUUCAUUCUUCGCUGUCUCCCAACUUACUAUACGGGUCAGCCUCAACUAGUUCAAGUUACAACGAUUCUCAAGAAACUGCCUGAGACCUUUGCGUCAGAUCGGGAAGUGGUGUUGCGGGUCCUGCAGGCUUUGCCGCACUGGCACCGCAGAGCAGAGCUGAUGCGAGCCAGCAAAGAUCUACACUCCGACGCCGAGCUCAAGGAGGUUGCUGGGCUUCAGCUUUCUCGGCCUGUGCGAGGGUACACAGCCGUGGAGCGGGUGCAGGAUCUGCCCAAGCCGCCUUUGACAGCAGAGAGUCGGACUGCACUGCAGUACUCGACGACUGCGGCACAGAACAAGCAUUCCUUCUGGCGUGAGCUUCUUCAGAAAGAUCCAGCUGUUCUUGCAUUUCUGGGCAAGGAUGAGGCCGUUGAGGAGAAGGACUUGGUGCUUGCAGCUGUGAAGAAGGACGGUCGCAUGCUGGAAUAUGCCAGCGAGGAGCUCCGCACGGACGUUGACCUAGUCAUGGCCGCCUUGGAGAAUGAUGCGGAUGUGUACGACAUCCUGCCAGAGACCAUGCGCUGCAGGGAAGAAAUUGCCUUGCUGGCCUUUCGCAAACAUCGGAUCAAGUUGCCGAAGCCUCUUCUGUCCAAUCGUCAUGUGGUAGUAGAAGCUGCUGCAAUGCAAGACAGAGCCACGGAGGUGGAGAAGAGACGGCUGCAGAAACUUCCUUUGGCCCACCUUGUCGCGAAGUUCGAUCUCGCUUGA